GCGGGGCCUCCUCUCUUUCCACAAUCGUCCUCUCGCUGGUUCCGGUGUCCUCUCUCUGUUCUUGGCAGGCGGCCGCUGGUGAGAAUGCUGUCUUCACGAGUGCUUGGCUUGGUUGGGAGGAGGGCGCUGUCUACCUCUGCUUCCCUGCAGGGUCAUGCCACCAUUGCCGUCCCUGAGUACACCCUCCCCAAAUACCAUGACUACCGCUCCUUCCCCCUGCCGGACAUCCCCUACCAGGAAAACCUCACCCCCGACCUGAAGGCUCUGAAGGAAAAAGAGAAGGGAGCGUGGGCAUCUCUGAGCGCACAGGAGAAGGUGCAAUUGUACCGCAUCAAGUUUGACCUGACAUACGCUGAUAUGAACCGGGGAUCAAGCGAGUGGAAGACUGUCAUCGGUGGCACACUCAUCUGCAUCGGCCUCACUGCCAUCAUUCUCACGUGGCAGAGGAAAUAUGUGUUCGGUGAAAUUCCUCACACUCUGUCGGAUGACUGGAUCGCCAUGCAGACCAAGAGGAUGCUGGACAUGAGGAUCAACCCCAUCGAAGGCUUCUCCUCCAAAUGGGACUAUGAAAAGGGCGAGUGGAAGAAGUAAGCUGCCGCCGCGCCCGCUCUGCUGGUUCCUGUAUCUUGCUGUGGUCCAUUCACACAAAUACCUCAUCGCUACUGGAAAGUCUCUGCUUGUCUGAUAAUAAAAUGCCGUUUACUUGA